AUGGCAGGUCUUGGCGCUCAAGAAAAUCAGCAACUCAGGAAGAGUACUUGGAGCAUAGUUUCACAUGAAAACACAUGCAGUUGCACACCUAUUAUACAUGCGAAAAAAGUGUACAGGGAGAGACCCUUUUGUCGCCAUGGCAUGGCGGUGACUGUGCAGCACAUCCGAGAUGGCGUGCCAGAGAUGACGUCGUGUCACGGGGUGAAUGCAACGAUCAUGGAGCUCAUGAAAACAUGCUGGUCCACGUGUGCUGAUGAGCAGAACAGGUACGAGCUUUACCAGCUUGAGAAAGUCAUCGUUCGGGUCAGAAAGAUCGGGACGAGAAAAAGCUUCAAAGCGCAGGGCAUCGUCGCUGCCUCGCCUGGUUUCCGCCUGGCAAAGCUGCUCAAGUGUGUCAGAAUUCUUCGAGGGGGCAGCUUCGCAAGGACGGCUAUUCCGGGCUGA